CUGCUUCGGUGGCGCUUUUUCACCUUCUCUUCGCUCUGGACAGGAGCGCUAAUGGACACGGGGAGGGAGCAGGAGAAGCGUGUCGUUCAUAAUGGAAAGAAAGACACCACUACUUCGCCUCUUUGUUGGAACGCCGGCGCGAACACGGUGGUCGGGGUGGCUGGUGGUUUCGGGAUCCCAUAGAAAAUGCGUCUUUUAUGCCUCAGUAAUUCUACCCCUUCUUCAUUCUUGGACCUCGCUUCCGAAUAUUUUGACUCUUCCAUGUUGUGUCUUAGGAACCUUUUCAACACGGUCCGGAUUGCUAGCUCCCGUUCAUAGUUCCGCUAUAGACGAUACACAAGGAAGAUUUUUAUGGCGGUUCUUCCUUCUAAUUAUAGGCAUAUCUAUGACUCCUUUUUACCAGAUGAAGCAGGAGGCAUCGGUCCGUAGAACCUAUAAAAAAGAGAUGGUUGUGGCGCGAAGUACUCUUGUGCACCUACGUCACUCGGCUCGCGCGCAACCCCGCCCCGUUAUGUUAUGUUAUGGAAGACUUUAGAUUCUUGUUGGGCUGGUUAUUCAGAGCCAGCAACUGGCUGCCGGAUUUCGUCCCGUCCGUAGCGCUUCAGAAGUCACUCUGGCAUGGCGCUGCUGGAUAAUUCUGACCAAUAGGAAUAGGAGGAAAAAAAGAUUAUGAUGAACAUCUAUUGGAGUCGAUCAUUUCCAACAUCCAAUUCAAGUAUCUUAUUAUGUAGUGGAAACGCCUCACAAUCUUCAGUUUUACGCUUACGCUUAAGGGAAGAAAUGUUCUUGGUGGAUGCAGACCCUG